UGAAGUGUUCCAUUUGGGACAGGGACACACACACACACCCCUACCUAAUGUCCUACUACAGAUGUGGCCCUAAAACGGCAGCCUCUGGUAUUACAAGAGUAUAGCAGGGUUUUAGGCUAGACAUUUUUUGGGCACCUGGCAACCCUGUUCACUUAGGGUGGAGCUCCUUGCAACUUUUAUCUGGGCAUGUUGUGUUUCUGCCGUUCGUUCUGACUGGAAAAAGUCGAGUUGGCCGAUGAAUUAAGUUCGAUACGGUUCUUUUUUUUUGAGGACCGAUUCUUACGUUUCUUUAGCAGUAUUCCUCCAUUUGAUUGUUCUCGUCUGACAUCGGCUAACAAAGAUGGGGGCAAAUAAAGAGAAGAAUGAAACCUGUGGGACCAUUUGCUUAAAAUACCUGCUCUUCACCUUCAAUUUUCUUUUCUGGCUGGCAGGGGGUGCAGUGAUGGCUGUGGGCAUCUGGACGCUAGUUGAGAAGAGCGACUACAUCAGUCUGCUGUCCUCAAAGAUUUACGCUAUCUCUGCCUAUAUACUCAUCGUGGCUGGGGUGAUUGUUAUGGUAACGGGGGUUUUAGGCUGCUGUGCCACCUUCAAGGAGCAAAGACGACUUCUAAGAGUGUAUUUCGUUUUACUGCUGUGUAUUUUCCUGCUGGAGAUCCUGGCUGGAGUUUUGGCCUACAUUUAUUACCAGCAGCUGAAUGAGGAACUAAAGGAGAACCUGAAGAAGACUAUGGUUCAGAAAUAUCAUCAGCCUGAGAAUGAGCAUGUAACGAAGGCUGUGGACAAGCUACAACAGGAGUUCAAGUGCUGUGGCAGUAACAAUUCAUCUGAUUGGAUGGAGAGUGCUUGGAUCCGCUCUCGCGAGGCUGAUGGUCGGUCGGUCCCGGACAGCUGCUGUAAAAGCCCAGUCAUUGUGCUCUGUGGUCGGAGAGCUCAUCCCUCAAAUAUCUAUAAAGUAGAGUGGGAUAUGUGAAUAUGGCGGUAAGAAAUUACCACAAUUCUUGGAGAAUAAGAAGAAUAUGGAAUAUGUAAUAACUACAUGUAAAUGAGAGUGAAGAGCUUUAUAGAGAAGCUGAUUUUUAAGCAGGACCACUUCCAAGUAGCUUGUUGACUAUGAUAUUACUGUGCUUGAUUGGCCAGACAACAUCCCUGACCUGAACCCCAUGUGAACUUUGUGGGAUUUUCAAGAGAAACAGUACAGACAACAAUACAGAUGAGCUGAAGGCUCAAUAGUGCCUCAGCAGUGCCAUAGGCUCAGGAGCAUCCAUAUUGCUUGUAGAUGUUACUACAUUUCAACUGAAGUUAACCUGUAGCAAAUUCAAUCGAAUGGGUAUGAUUAAGGCACAUCUUAGUAAAAGGUUUAACAGCUGAUAAUGCAUAUCAGAGGAAAACCCAAGCCCUGAAGUCAAAAUAAAUGCCUGAGAUUAGAAUCAGGUUUAUGUCAAGCCUCACAUCCGUGAAAGAGUUUAGAAAAAGUUCUGCUUCAUUGAAGGAUAACAGAAGCAAGUAGUCAAGUCUCUGUUACUAAUGUAAGAAAGCAACCAGGACCUGGCCAAUCUGAGAAACUGAUGGAGAAGAACUUUGGUUAGUUUGGUGACCGAGAACCCGAUGAUCACUCUACUUUUAGCUCCAUGAUCACAUGUGAAGUUAAAUCUACAGAUGGACAACCAAUCUUUGCUGCAUGGUGGUGUGGCAAGACUUCUCAAGAUUCUCUGGUCUGAUUGACACCAGCAACCAUCACAUCUGAUUAACAUUAACACCAUCACAUUUGAAGGAAACCACACAAAUUCUAUUCUUCUAUUCUUUUGCACCAAAUUGAUAUAAUAAAGAGAACAAUAAAAUAAUGUCAUUAACCGGUUAAUUGUAAUUUCAUGUAAACAAUUUCAAAUAUUUCUGUUCAGAAAUGUUCGUUUUCAGUUCCUGUUAAUUGUCACUUGUUUCCUUUUUUUUCAUUUCUUGAACUGGUUCAGAGCCAUUAUUUAAUGCCCCAAAAAGCCUUUUUUUCUUUUUACAAUAUUUUUUCGUUUCAUGAACAGAUCACCCUCUCUUGACGAUCAUAGGCUGCGCUUAUUAGCAAUAUAGUAAAUCUUGCCGUGAGCCGAGAAGAGUUUCCAGAGCCAGAUAAAGCAGUACAACAUUGUUUUUAGUGAUUUUAAUUUUGUACAUUUUCGAAUCAUUUUUUUUUUACUUCUAUAGUUAUGUACACACUUUGAGUUAUUUUCUGGUGAUAUUUGCGUUUCUGCUUUAUUUACCUUUUUAAAUACCAAACCAGUCGUGUGAAAUGGAGCAUUUGUGGCUUGUUUUUUGGGGGGGGUUUUUUGUCAGAUGCCACUGGGUUAAAAACUAGCUUAAGGUUAACAACAUUUUCCACAUUUUUAAACUGUUGUUUGAUCUUUGUGUGUGUGUGUGUGUUUAUAAAAGAUAAAGAAAUGUUGUUUCAGAGACAAAUUUUACCGUUCAAAUCCAGUUGUUAAGAUUCAAGUGAGUGUUCUCAUGUACUCUAUAUGUGGAGAAAAGAAAAACAAAACAUCACUGCAAAAUGUUAUGCUUUAAGUUUAUACGUACAUUUUUAUAUUUGCAUACAAGAGGCAUAUAAAUAUGUAACAUAAAUACAUAAAGCCUAAUAUUUAAAAUACUUUAGAUUUUUGCUUUGUCCCAUUAUUUAUAU